GCCCCCCUCUGUACCGGCCUCACUCCCAGAUUCACCGUCACAGAGCGACUUGUCCAGCAUUAUUUUGCCGAAAAAACAGCCUAAACAAAUAAUGAUGGCGCUAUCCGAGCGGCCGACCCGAAAGGCCAAAAGGACUGACGUGGACUAUGCCGUUUUAUCCUCGGGUCAACAAAUCCCCGAUUAUUCGGACGAGAACGACGACUCGGACGAUGAGAGCUACGGCAGCAACUACAAGAAGAAGCGGCGCAAACAAGGCGCCGAGUGCUUUAUCUGCCACCGGCCGCCCAGAACCUACAAAAAGACCAUGCUACAAUGUGACAGCUGUUCCAGGAUGUAGGGCAUCAACUCUUAUGUUGCAACCAAAAAAAACUUGUAGGAAAACGCACUAAACACAAUUAUUAUAAUGUGCUUUCAUCUAUUGGAUAACAGGUACCACCAGGCUUGUGGCAAGCCCUUCCAGUCGACCUCCAUUCUAGGCAACACGAGCUGCUACGAGUGUCUUCAAGAAGCCAAGGUGGACUCGUUGAGUGCUCUGCCUCGCAAGACACUGGACUCCAUCGCCGACUUUGUCAAGGUGCUCAAGAAGGCCAAGAAGGUCGUCGUCAUUGCUGGAGCAGGUAUCAGUGUGUCCUGUGGUAUUCCAGACUUCCGCUCCAAGGACGGAAUCUACGCCAUGGCACGCAACAUGGACGUUGUCUUACCGGAACCAGAGUGUCUGUUCCAGAUCGACUACUUCCGAGACGACCCGGCCCCAUUCUUUGAGGUGGUGCGCAAUGCCUUCGCCAAUUCGCCCAAGCCGUCGCCGACGCACUGGUUCUUGAAAUUAUUGCAGGACAAGAAGAAAUUGCUGCGUGUCUACACGCAAAAUAUUGACGGACUGGAGGAAGCUGCAGGUGUGACGCGGUGCAUUCCGUGUCACGGAAGUUUUGCCUAUUCGGCCUGUAUGCGCUGCAAGAAACGCGUGCCGACGAGCACGUUGAUGCCAGUUAUUCAAGCAGGAAUUAUCCCGUCGUGUUCAGAGCCAAACUGCCGCGGUGUGUUGAAGCCAGAGAUCACAUUUUUUGGCGAGAUUCUGGACGAUAAAGUGAGUACGAUGAUCACAAAGGACCGUCUACAGGCAGAUCUGCUUCUCGUUAUGGGCACGUCGCUUAAAGUUGCGCCUGUCAUGGAGAUUCCAGGCUAUUUGCCAUCGCACAUUCCGCAGGUUGUGAUCAACAAGACGGCGUUGAAGAAAAAGAAAUUAAAAUCGAAGAAACUCUCGACGGGUGGAACAAUGAGCCGAGUCAGUGGUAAACGAGGUGGGAAGAAGGACGAAGACGAGGAAGAGGAGUUCGAUAUGUCGCUCUUGGGCGACUGUGACGACAUUAUCCGCUACAUUUGUGCCCAAGCUGGCUGGGAUCUGGACCCGAACGCGAUUGAAGCAGCUAAGAACAAGCCACUCAUGCACAGCAGCCAGGUAAUAUCGCAUCAGGAUUCAACUGGCAAGCAAAUCUACUGCUUUGGAGAGUGCCAGUGCAAGAACAAAUUGGCUGCUGGUAUGAACGACGACGAUGACGAGGAAGAGGAGCAGAAGCAGCAGGAGGAAGAGAUUGAGGAGGAUAUCGUGUGUAAUCGUUGCGAACGCCAGAUUGAUACAGAAGCACAGCCUGGAUCCGGAUGCAAGACUGUCCAUUACCGUUGCGAGUACGUCUUUUUUGAAUUUGUUAGUAUUGUCCAGCGCAGAUGAAUCUGAUUAGUGUUGUCUGUUCUGAUAUACAGCGACUGCUUUGACUACGAUCUAUGUGGAGAUUGCUAUCCCAAGAGGAGAUACAAGCACAAGGGCGGCAGACAUCGUUUCACGCAGUGCUUAUAGAGGGUCAGCAUUCUUCUCGAAGCGAGGAACGUCUACUGAUAAUAGAUAGUUUGAACGGCGUUCAUAAGAGCUAAUUAAUCAUGUUAAUGUCGUCGAUAUCGCCCUCAGUGACAGACUACUUUAGGGCAACGAUGAAACAAUGGCUUUCUAUCCGGUUUAUCAAAAGUCAUUGGUUAGAAGCCUUGUAUGCAUUGACUCGAGACGCCAG